AUGUCUGCACCCGUGGUGGACGCGGAGUACAUGGCCGAGAUCGAGAGGGCGUGGCGGGACCUCCGUGCCCUCAUCUCCAGCAAGAACUGCGCGCCCAUCAUGCUCCGCCUCGCGUGGCAUGACGCUGGCACUUACGACGCCAAGACCAACACGGGAGGCCCCAACGGCUCCAUAAGGUUCCGACAGGAGUACAGCCACUCUUCAAAUGCAGGGCUCAAGAUUGCCAUUGACCUCUUAGAGCCAAUAAAACAGAAGCACCCCAAGAUCACAUAUGCAGACCUGUAUCAGCUUGCCGGAGUUGUCGCCGUCGAAGUUACUGGUGGACCAACCAUUGAUUUCGUUCCUGGCAGAAAGGAUUCAUCGGCAUGUCCAGAGGAAGGACGCUUGCCGGAUGCUACAAAAGGUGCUUCGCAUCUAAGAGAAGUCUUCUACCGGAUGGGUUUAUCUGACAAGGACAUUGUGGCACUCUCCGGCGGCCAUACUCUGGGAAGAGCACAUCCAGAGAGGACAGGAUUUGAUGGCCCAUGGACUAAGGAACCUCUGAAAUUUGACAACUCUUAUUUCGUUGAGCUUCUGAAAGGCGAUUCUGAAGGGCUCUUGAAACUCCCUACUGACAAAGUUCUUGUGGAAGAUCCUGAAUUCCGCCAGUACGUCGAACUAUAUGCCAAGGAUGAAGAAGCUUUCUUUAGGGACUACGCGGAGUCACACAAGAAGCUCUCAGAGCUAGGCUUCACACCCCCUCGCUCUUCUUUCACAUGCAAAUCCGGAAAUAAACAAAAGUCCUUGCUGGUGCAAGCUGCAGCUGGGGUCGCAGUUGCUGCUGCAGUUGUCGCAUGGGCAUACCUGUGUGAAUCCAACAAGAAGUUCAUCUAA